CAACGACUGUUUUCCCUUCUGAGGACGGAGAAGAACGCAACGAACCACCCAAGAUGAAGACACUCACUUGCUCUUGCUUGGCGACGCGGACGAAACAUCACCAUUCCUCGUUGCUUCAUGCCUUGCCCGCUUGCUUGCUUGUUAGGUUGCUGCAGCUUGCUUUCCCUCAGUUGGCCCUUCAUCUCCCCCCACGACAUCGUUGAGCUUGGACCUGUUCCCCCGACCACCCAGACUUCAUUUUCCUCAUGUCUUCUUCCUCUGCGUCAUCGGAAAGGAAACCCCUCAUCAUGAGCAGCGCACACCAAGCCUCGUACACUGUCCCAGAGGCCGAAAAGGCCUUGGCCCCGACCACCCCGCCCACCAUGAGCGCACAGGGCGAGGUUGAGGAGGUCCCAGGCACAAGCCGCGCAACCAUGUCAAAGAAAACCAUCUGGCAAGGCGUCCUGACCGCCAUCUUGAUGGGCUUUGGCUUUGGAUAUGUGUUUGAGAAGUCACGGGUGUUCGAGCCCGUGAACAUUCGUCGCCAGUUCCUCUUUGAGCGCUGGCUGAUGCUGAAGAUGUUCCUGGCUGCCAUGGCCGCCAGCGCAUCCAUGCUUCUGCUCGCAUACAAGUUCCACAAGAGCACCUUUGACCACAUUCGAGACAUGUUCCACGGUUGCUACCAGCGUGGCAUCAUCACUGCUGUCGCCCUCGGCGGUUUCAUGCUCGGUGCCGGCAUGGCCAUUGGCGGUGCUUGCCCAGGCAUGGUUGCUGCACAGCUUGGUGCUGGUGUCCCGACCGCGUACGCCACGUUCAUCGGCGCCUUUGCCGGCGCGCUUGCGUAUGGAUUUCUGGAGCCCGUCAUGACAAAGUGGAUUGACAUUGGCCCCAAGUUCAAGGCGUUCCACCUGGACGAGGUGUCCCCCAUCCCAUAUUGGGUGCUGGCUGUGGGCCAGGUCGCCAUGUCUGUCGCCGUCAUCAUCGUACUCGAGGUGCUGGAGCCAUGGGAGGACGAAACAGGAUUCCCCAACGAGAAGAAGUGCUACGUGUUUGCGUGCAAGAGCUGGCCGCCGUGGGCGAGCGGCAUCAUUGUCGGUCUUCUUCAGGGUCCCGCCAUCCACGUCAUUCGCGACACACUCGGGUCGUCCACUGCUUACGGCGCCGUCUGCUCCCUCACAACACACGCCCUCCCAGACGAGCACAGGGAGAAGCACUUUUCGCGCUUUGCCAGCAUGCGCAUUGGCUGGGGCAACUGGUGGCAAGUCAUCUACCUCGCCGCCGCCAUCAUUGGUGCCCUCGUCUCUGCCGUCAGCUCGGGCGUGCUUGGUGAUGUGCACGGCAUCCAUCCUGCCGCAGGCUUUAUCGGCGGCUUCCUCAUGCUGUUUGGCUCCCGUCUUGCUGGCGGCUGCACCUCUGGACACGGCAUCUCAGGCUUCACCCUCGGCAAUCUUGCGUCAUUCGUUGCCGUCCCCUUUAUGUUUGCCGGUGGCAUCGCUGCAGCGUUCAUCUUCCAGGCCGCAGACCCACAAUACCCGCUCUAGGCCCUUGACAUUACGAUGACAGUGGUGGUGGUGGUGGUGAUGGUGAUGGCGGUGGUGGUGUACACAUGCUGGACGUGAAUGAGCUGUCGCUUUGUGGAGUUGUGACUUCUUGCUUGCUUGCAUGCAGUCUUUGACACUCCAUGCGUGUUUGUGGAAGGGAGCUUGGGGAGGUGUGAGGAAAAGAGGUGCAAUGAGGUGUGAACGAACGAACAUGGUGACUGGGGUGUGACGCUUUAUUGUCAUCAAAGAUUUAAAGAGCAGAAUGAUUCAAAUAAGAAGGGAAUGAAAUGAACAAAGACACAG